AUGACAACAUCAAUACAACAAAUCACCUCGAUAAUGAGGGUGGUAUGCCUGCCAGCUGGUCUUCGUGAAGGCCUUCGGACGGCCUUGUCAUCACGCAACACUACCUCUUCUUCCCCGAUACGACAGGCAGUCCACACAGCCGCGAGACGACAAUUCCAAACUUCAUCCAGGCUUCAGGCGGGAAUUGCAGCUCCCGAGAUCAAGUUCAAGGAUGAAGGCAGACGUGAUGGAGAAGGAGAUGAAGCCCCGUUCUUCGCUCGCCUUGUGCCCACUUCGCCGUCCUACUUCACCGCCCAACCAACGUUCACUGACGAUCUUCUCGUUCUCCAAAACCUCGUCGACAGAAACUCUUCUUUCCCCACGGUAAAACCCGGUACAGCGCCCCGGGUAGCCUGGCGUACCUUAAUGGAAUACCGGAAUAUAGCAGGAGAGUCCGUCAAACCUGCAAAGUAUCACAAGAUCAUCGAGUUACUGCAACGUCUGAAUGCGAUACACCCUGCCCUUCAACGCCCAGAGGUCAAGCAGGCCAUCAACGAGUACAAGCGAGACAUCGACCCUUUCAAGAGUAACACAGAGCUUCCGCUGGUGGACAGCCUGGGCAGGACGCUUGGCUCCGGGAGGAGGAAGUCUUCAACAGCGAGAGCUUGGGUUGUAGAAGGUACUGGGGAGGUAUUGGUAAACGGGAAGACUCUUGCCGAGACAUUUGGGAGGAUUCAUGAUAGGGAGAGUGCUAUUUGGGCCUUGAAGGCAACGGACAGGAUGGAUAAAUAUAACGUGUGGGCUCUAGUAGAAGGCGGUGGGACAACAGGUCAGGCAGAGGCUCUGACGUUAGCUGUUGGCAAGGCGCUUCUUGCUCAGGAGCCCGCAUUGAAGCCAGCAUUGAGGAGAGCCGGCUGCAUGACCCGCGAUCCAAGGAGAGUCGAGAGAAAGAAGCCUGGUCAUGUCAAGGCUAGAAAGAUGCCGGCGUGGGUCAAGAGGUAG